AUGGCUCCCACACAAUACAAACUUAUUUUCCGGGUACCCCCCUCCCACCUGGAGGUCUGCAAACAAGCAGUUUUUGCCGCUGGAGCAGGUGCCUACCCUGGGGGAAUGUACGACGAAUGUUGCUUUGAAGUGCUGGGGAUGGACCAAUUCCGACCAACAGACAAAUCAACACCCUUUAUUGGCAAACCCGGGCAACUCGAACGCGUCGCCGAGUAUCGAGUCGAGACCUUGUGUGUCGGCGAGGAUGUGAUGCGCAACUCGGUCAAGGCGUUACGAAAAGUUCAUCCUUAUGAGCAAAUUGUGAUUGAAGUCGUGCAACUUGUCGAUAUUGAGGGGAGUGAUUUUUACUAA